AUGAAGAAGUACAAAGACCACCUCGCCUUGCUGUAUAUGGUGCACGAGAAACUCAAGGAUGACCUCAAUGCGGUGCUGAACCACCCACUAAUGCCAUCAGAAUUUGAACGAGCAUGGAAGGACCUCAUUCAGAAAUACAACUUGCAAAACAACGAAUUGAUUAAUUCGCUGUGGGAUGACAGGCACGAGUGGAUCUCAGCUUACUACAAGGAAAUUUUCUGUGCUCGGAUGACUUCCACGCAGAGAAGCGAGAGCAUGAACCGCAUACUAAAGAAAAACUUUGUCAAAGAGAAGCAUGAUCUCCAUCUGUUUGCUCAGCAGGUGGACAAGUGCAUUUUGACCAGGAUGGCCGUCGAGCACGUAGAGACAGUAGCAAAUGAGUCAGAGAUGAAGAAGAGCAGGAAGAAGAAGAGAGUGAAGAGGACAAAGAACAUGAAGAAACUGAAGGAGUGGCUUAGAGAAGAAGCAGAUGAAGAAGAGGAGGAAGAGUAA